AGAGCAGGGAUAUGAAUUGAAACCAAGGCUAGGACAUAGUAAAAUACACUUCUUUCAUAGAUUUUAUAUACUUUAACACUACAGUAUAGAAUUGUAAAUUAGGUUGUUGUCUACUAAGUUUACCAUCAGUGACAGAGAUUGGUUUACUUAGCAGUGGGUUGCGUAUGAAAAGAAGACAAUUAAGGAAUACACAUAUACAUUCAGGUAUUAAAUUUUAAGCAGUAUAUAUUUUAAUUAUUUUGAGCUAUUCCAACUUACCUCUAGAAUGUUUUGAAACUAAAAGUAAUAGAAAAAUAUCGCUUUCCUCAUUUGGGCAAUUCGGAAAUAUUGAGUGAGGAGUUCAGGUCACUUGACUUAAUCAUAAAUGUAUUGCGUUUGCUUCCUCCUAUACAAUGUUUAAAAAUGUGAUAUCGGUUAAGUUAAUAGAUAUUUGUGUCAAUAACUAAAUGCAUUCAAAACAAAUUAACUUUGUGAGCGAGAAGAAUAAUUUGAAAGUGGAUGCAGAUUUGAAGAAUGAUUUCAAUAUUGAACCAAUUUGUUGGUUUUUUCGUGUGGAUUAUUGGUUUUAAUGUCUUCUACAAUGCCACCUCAAGUGUUACUAAUUCAAAACAUAGGUGUGCCCUUCCUUGGAAAAGAAUUUUUGGAUUAACAACCAAUGCGACAGAUGAGACUGGAAGAUUUUUCGACGGAUUGAGAAAUAUAAUCACUGGUUUUUUAUAUAGUCAUGAAGAAGAUGAAAGUUUGAAAAUUCAUCUUAACAAAUGUUCCAAAGAUAUCAACUGUAAACUUUCUACUGUCCUAGACAAAACAAAAAAGGUGUGAUGUUUCUUUGCUUAUUGGUAGACAGAUCGGAAGUUUGUUACAUAUCCAAUUGUUCUUGUCAGAAAAGGCAAGGAAAACGAGAAAUUCCGUCAAUAAUUUUUCUGAAUUCGACUAAAGAUGAAGAUAGAAUUGGUGAUCGGGAUAAAUAUGAUCUACGGUGUGAGCUCAGAAAAUCAACAAAGAAAUAUCUACAAUAUAAAACAGUCAGCAGUUUAAAUCAAAAUGUGAUCUGUACAAACGUUGUCAAACAAAAUGGUUUCAAGGAGGAAAAAACUUCAGAAAAAGAGGAAUGUUUAUGCAACAAUCGAAAAAAUAGAGAUACUAACAUGGGUAUCAACGCUCUCUAUUUCUUUGGCGGAACAAUGUUGGGAUUGUUUUUUGGAAUAGGUAUCACUGUAGCAUAUUUUAAAAGAAAAUCUAAAAAACCAAGAGUUUUAUCGGUUCGUAACAUGGUAUAUAAUCGGGAAAGGACAGACAACGAAGAAAUCACUUUCAAGGAAAUUACUGAAUAUUCUGAAAUCCCUAACAGUUAUAGUAAUAUUGAAGAAGAGGAAGCACUAUUGGAAGAAAAGAGAUUGAAAAUUGAUUGCAAACAAGGUAGAGAUGAUUGUGCUGAAACACAUGUUGUACAAUCCCUGACUGUAACAAAAAGCCCCAGCAGCCCAAGCUUUGUGGAAAAUUCACAACCACUACAAUCUGUUGAAGCUUUAAAAAGUGAAGAAUGUUUGGAACUUACCACUCACAAUUAUUACAGACAGUUGCAGGUGGAUAGCGAUCUUGUUAAAAUUGAGAAAAAAGAAGACGAAGGUUGUUCAUUAGAGAAAGAAAAUCAUUACGUCAAUGAAAAGGAUGGUGCAAAUCUAGUUGGUCCUAAUGCCGAAAAUGUUAAUCAUUACUCGAUCUUGAUCGAGAAUUCCACAGAAAAUUGUAAAAUCUAUUUACCACAAGACAAAAAUAGUAGGUCAUCAAACCUUUGCAAGUUUACUGAUGAUUACAGUGAAGAGGAACCAGCAUACUAUGUUUUAAGCACAACUCAGACAAAUCCACCCGUUUAUACCAAUACAUGUGAUUAAGCAGCGACCAGGACACUGUUCAAAACAUAACCCGUAAAAAACUUCUCCCAAAAGUGGAAGAUUGAUUAAGGGUUUGAAUUUACUUCUCUUUUUCUUUUUACUAAAUGUUUAAGCUUUUUUUUUUUUUACUUUUCACAAUUUCAUUUAACCUUUGGAGGAACUUUCAGCAAAAAAAUGGAUUUUCUAUUCGUUUGGAUGCAAACAAUGUAUACUUAUUUCUCAUGACAAAAAAGCCCUUACAGGGCAGGUGGAAGCAUCCUGACGGUGCAGGACUGAAAUACUUUAUAUUUGUGUAAAAAUAGAAAUUGUAAAAUGAUCACUACACAUUUAACUGCGCCAUCAUUUACUGUGAAAUGACAAAUUUUCAUGGGGGUCUAAUUUUCGUUGUUUUUAAGGUAUGGAGAGACCCACGAAUUCAUGUCCACUACAAAAUGUAAAAUGUUACAUACAUGACUACUCAACAAUUCUUCAUCUAUGAUU